AUGACGCAAUACCGAGAGGCGACGGGACCCGACCAUAAGCUUCUCCCAAGGACCAAGUGGGGGAUUCACUUGGGAAUCUGCCCGGAGAGCAAAGGGUGGGUGAUACGCGAUGUGGAGACCGGAAAAGUCACGGCAACCAGAGAUGUUACCUUCUACGAGCAAGACACCUACUUGGAGUGGAAGAGACGGAAACAAGGAGCUGUUGCAAAGGAAGCGGCAGGAGCACCAACUCCAUUGGAGGAGAUGAUAGAUGGGAGUGAGAAGGAGGGGAUAGGGGCAGCCAAUGGAAGCGGUGACAAUGACGACUACAAAGACCACACUACGCCGGGUUUUGAUUGGGUGUGGGAGGUCCAGGAGUUGUCCUCACCUUCAACUGGUGUGGAAGAGGGUGAAGAAGACAAUGAUAAGGGAGAAGAAGCGAGUGACAACUCAACGAAUGAAGCCGGUGAGGAAGAAGCUGAAAUUUCAGAUGUGGAAGAGAGUGUGGCUGAAUCUGCCAGCACGGGGUACUCCGACCCAUGCCGCAUCAUUGACACGGGGGACAAUGAAAAGGCUGCAGUAGAGAUUGAAAACCUACUUGUGGACGGAGCGAUCAUCAUCGGAAGAGAGAUUGAAGGAGAUUCCGUGCAACAAGGAACGGAUGAUAAUGCAGCAGCAGAGAAAGGUGGAGCCGAAAAUGAGAAUGAGGAGAUGGGUAAAGGGAAACGGGUCAAGAAACCCAAUCCCAACGGCCUUGCGGACAAGGAAGUCGAUGUGGGAGCAGAGAUUGAGGCAUGGGGCGACAAGGAGAGAGCGCUCAAAGCUUACCAAUCCAUGGUAGGCUCAGUCAUGUACCCGGUGUCAUGCACAUGGGUUGAUGUGGCCUACGCUGCAAGCUUUCUUGGGCAGAGAGUGUUGCAGCAAGAGGGACGCAGGUGGAAGGAGAUGGAGCGGACUAUCACUUACCUCCUGCAGCGGGACGAUGAGGGGCUGCUGUUUGAAGGUGGAGAGGAGAGCCUAGAGCUAGUGGGGGCCUUAAGGGGAAGGAGUGGUACAUGGACAGCGGUUGUACAAGGUCGACUAGGUCAGUCAACACUUCAGCUAGGCCGACUAGGUCAGUCAACUCGGGCAAACCGAGGCGCAGCAGAGCAAGCGGUUGAGCAAGUGGAAGAGGAAGGGGAAGAGGAAGAGGAAGAGGAAGAGGACGAGGAAGAGGAAGAGGACGAGGAAGAGGAAUAUGCUGUGACAGUCGAAAGCCUGUUGCUGACAGUUCAGGAGUUGGAAGAGCGGGUGAAGGCUCUUAUGAUGCGGCAGAGGGCACCUUGCUCUGGAGUCCAGAUCGACCAGGGUGAACCGGAUCAGCCCGAUCAGGCAAACGGAGGGGCAGCAGAGAAAUCUAGAGCCGAGGAAAUUCCAAAGCCGCUUCAGCUGUUGUGUCGGGCGGAAAUGGUUCACUACUUGGACGUGACGAAUGGGUGGGAUGCGGAUCUGUGCGAGUGUUGCUUUCACCGUGCAGUGAGUCCGCGAGCACAGCGAGCACUUGCCAUAAAGAACCUGGAGGACUUGCGUCUCCACCUGCGCAAUCUGCAGCCUUGUUGCAUCCCCGCAGCAGAUCCCAAGCAGCAGCAGCAUCAUGAAAUGUUUUCUCAGGAGCAGUUUGCGUGGAAGGCAGAGAGGGCGCCUUGCCUUUGCACAGAAGGGAUGUUUCUCGAGUGGAUGGCUGAGCCUCGUGUGGCAAUCGCCACUGAGCUGGGGGCGAGCAGGCAGAGGGAGUGUGACAACUUUGCGUCCAUGCUGGUGCAGGUGCUGGGGGUGAAGGAGAGUGCUGAUCUGCAGGAGGGGUUUGGGUUCUUUGUGCAGCAAUUGCUGUCAGGCGGGCUGGAGAAGGCGCAUGCAGAGAGGAGGGGGGGAGCUGGGGGAAAGACUGCUGAGAAGGUGGAUAAGGAGGGGAAACGGAAGGGGGGAGCUGAGGGGAAGGCUUUUGAGAAGGCGCAUGUGGAGGGGAAGGCGUCACAUGGGAAGGAUGAUGGGAGACACGGAGAGGAAGAGGCAGGGAGCAAGGUAGAGAUUGAUAGGGUUGCUGGCAAGUGCGGGAGGGUUAGUUCGGACUUGAGCUGGAGGGAGCAUCUGAAGGGGCGUGUGUGGGAGAGGUUCGGCGCCAUCCCCAAGCCUCUGGAGGGAUGCGGCAUUCCUUUAGAGUGGGAGGAGUGGCCUGGGGACGGCGAAGCUGCUGUGAGGUUUCCUGUCAACCGAAAGGAGAGGUGUGUUGGGCUUGGGAUUGUGGAGGAGCGUGGUGAAGCAGGUGAGAAGCUGACCCAGCACCCUCGUCAGCACAUACCUGAAGCAGGAGGGAGGUGCAGGCGUGCAAGAGGGAAAGGCUGUAAGGCAGUACGCCAAGGAGCUGGUGUGGAAGCCGAACAGAGCAGAACACGUGGGAGAGGUGAAGCAUCUCGGAAUGAUGAGCAGAGAGUAAUACUACCGCCCGCCAGGAGGAAGCUUCCCAUCGUUCGCUGCCAGGCAGAUGUGGACUUCCUGGUGGGGUUUAACGGGAAUAUCAUGGACCCUCCGGCAUGCACCGAGUGCUGCACCUGCUCUGCAGAAUUCAUACAGUCUGUGUGCAUGGCUGCUCUCAUUGCCAACUUCGCUUACCGCCCAGUCAGCCAUCUUUUCUCCCGCGUGCUCUCAGCCUUCCCGCCAUCCUCCCCUGGCUUCGACAAACUGGUUGAGUGCCUGGACCUCCCUGCACGCCUGCCCAGGCCUGUGAACCUGCAGAUGCUGCUCAGCCGGGCGGAGCAGGUGCCUCUGUACUUCCUCAUUCACAUGGCCGUGUGGUGGGGUCGUCCUCUUCUGACAAGCUAUGAGGUGGAGCGGGAAUGCAGUAGACAUGAGCAGUUGGUGCAGUCAGGUGCGCGUAAAAAGGGUGUGGAGAAAAGGGGGAAAGGUGGGAGGGUGAAGGGGCAAGGGCUCUGGGAUGGUGAGGUGGAUCAGGAGAACGGUGGAGAGGUGUGGGAGGAGGUGCGGAUGUGGUAUUGCGCAGCAAUGGCUGUGUGGAGUUUCAAAGAGGGAAGCGAUGGAGAGAGUGAGGAGUGCAGGGGCAGCAGGAAGCAGGAGAGAGCGGCUAAGGAGUGUGACAUCACAUGGAUUCUUGAGGCAGAAAUCACUCCGAGGUACUGUGAGGGGCGGCAAGGGCAACGUGGUUCUGUCAGGGGGAGCAGCAACUGUGAGUGGAUGGGUGGCAGCAGCAGCAGCAACAACAACAGCAGUGAGAAGAAGAGGAAGAAGGGGAAGGUGCCGGCUUAUCGGAAGCCGUGGCUGGGUGGAGUGAAUCUGGUGGCAUGUCUGCGAGAGAUGCUGCUGGGGGAGCCGUGCUACCACCCUGCCUCCCAUGCUGCUCCAUCCGCUCCUGCUGCUGCUUCCACCCAUUCUGCUGCUGCUAUGGCUUCUCGUCUUACUGCCCCUCCCAACCCCACUGCAAUAAGCAUCGGUGCUGCUACUGUUGCUGCUGCUUCAGAUGUCCAAGGCCGUGUGUGCGGUACUGCAGGGUGUGCGAGGGUGGAAGGUGGUUCUGUGAAGCUGAGGAGGUGCGGUGGGUGUGGCAAGGUAGCGUAUUGCAGCAGAGAGUGCCAAAAGGCGCACUGGCCCUCCCACAAGCUUACAUGCCCCGGCAGGAGCAGCGGGAAGAAGAGUGGGAAGGAUGAGAGCAAGGAUGGCAGCGGCAAUAGUGGCACGACGAUUAGCAAGGUGAGUGGGCAAGGUGGGUAG